AUGGAUGAUUUGUGGAAUGAAGCAUGGGAUUCUUUGAUUCAAGAGGUGCAGAGGGAAGCCGACGAGGAGGAUGAGGCGGCGGCGGCGGCGGCGGCGACGAUCCCUCGUGAGAUUCGUCAUCGUCGGACAAUCCCACGAGACCAUGUCGGAGCGGCUGAGCGGCUUAUGGCAGACUACUUUAGCGCUAAUCCCCGUUACCCAGCUGAGAUUUUCCGUCGGCGUUUCAGAAUGUCGCGACCGCUCUUCACCCAUAUAGCGACGACAUUGGCGGACCGGUACGGUUGCUUCAACCUCCGGAGUGAUUGCACUGGCCGGAUCGGACUAUCUACUUUUCAGAAAUGCACCUCUGCAAUAAGGCAGCUUGCCUAUGCAAUAAGGCAACUUGCCUAUGCCGGACCGGCUGAUAUGUUCGACGAAUACCUACAGAUGGGUGAGACGACUAGUCUAGAGGUGCUCCGACAGUUUUGUAAGGGCAUGCGGGAAGUCUUUGGUCCGGAGUUCCUACCAAAGCCAACCCCUGAUGAGUGCCAGAGACUGCUAGAUAUGCACAGUGCGGUGCACAGUUUCCCAAGGAUGUUGGGCAGCAUUGAUUGCAUGUAUCGGGAGUGGAAAAACUGCCCGGUGGCAUGGAAAGGCCAGUUUACUACUGGUUUCAAAAGCAAACAUCCUUCGAUGAUACUGGAAGCCGUUGCUGACUACCGUUUGCGGAUCUGGCAUGCGUGUUUCGGUGUUGCAGAUUCGAACAACGACAUCAACAUUCUGCAGUCGUCGCCUCUCUUCAAUGAUGAGUGCCGGAGAGAGGGUCCAGAGAUCAGUUUCGUAGCAAACGGCACGCAGUAUCGCAGGGGAUACUCUUUGGCAGAUGGAAUAUGCCCUCGUUGGCCCGUAUUCGUCAAGACACUUCGCCAACCGGCUGGAGCGAGGAGACAAUAUUUUGCGCGAAAACAAGAGGCCGCUAGGAAAGAUGUUGAGCGAGCUUUUGGUGUGCUCCAAGCGCGAUGGGCCAUGAUACGCUGCCCGGCACGAGUUUGGCACGAAGAUGAUGUCGCGAAUAUUAUGCUAGCAUGUAUCAUAUUGCACAAUAUGAUAAUAGAAGAUGAAGGAUUUGCUGCAGAACGUUGGGCACCGGAAGAUGGUGCAAGUACAAGUCACGGCGUUGCCUCCGCGCCGAUACAGAUGGGUGUACCACGUAGUAAUGAAUAUCUGAUCCAACGUUUCGCUGAUAUACGCAGGAGCACAACACAUGACCAACUCCAGGUCGAUUUGAUUGAAGAGGUCUGGGCACGUAGGGGAGGCGGCGUAGCGUGA